UAUGCAUAUGUUAUAGCCUAUUUUAACAUACCACAGAAAACUAUUUAUUUUCUCCUAGGUUAAGCAUUGCUGUAAAGAAAACAAAUAUCAAAACCUUUGAAUCAUCGACAUUUGUCAUGGAAGAAACGGCGCAGUAAGAAGUGAGAGCACCUGACUCGCACAUCUGAACGGAGUCAUCGAGUCGUUUACCUUGAGGGUCUCAGUUUCCUCUGUGUUGUUAUUUACUAAUUAAAGAACUUUUUUUUUUUUUUUUUUUACUAAGAUUACAUUUAUUUUAUAUCCUGCAGCAAAAAGCCCAAAAGUAAGCGAGAGAGAAACGUAGCAUACACGAGAAAAUAACAUACUCCAGAAGAGGACAUGAAAUUCGACUGCUUUUUCGAAAGAAAGGGGACCAUGAAGCUGUUCCAUUCGCUUUUGUUACUGCUGUUGCUGCAUACCGGGGCACUUGGAGGGAGAAAAUACCGAGGCGGCCGUAACCCGCAGCCGCGGCGAGCACAGCCCUCCCCGUCGUACCGGGACCGGGGCGAGACCACCGAGAGCUUUUCCCUGGAUUUCACCGCAGUUGAAGAAAACAUGGACAACUUCAUGACCCAGGUGAAGAACCUCGCCCAGUCCCUCUACCCGUGCUCGGCUCAAAAGCUUGACUAUGACAUGAAGCUACAUUUUUUGGAAAAUACAACAGUCACGUGCAACGACGGAACUCCAGCAGGGUACUACCUGAAGGAGUCCAAGGGCAGCAGACGAUGGCUGGUCUUUCUCGAAGGCGGAUGGUACUGCUUCAACAAAGAGAACUGUGACAGCCGAUACGAGACGAUGAGACGGCUCAUGAGCUCCACCCAGUGGCCGCUCACCAGAACAGGCACAGGCAUUCUGUCUCCACAGCCUGAGGAAAACCCUCACUGGUGGAACGCAAACAUGGUCCUCAUUCCCUACUGCUCCAGUGAUGUGUGGAGUGGAGUCACAGCCAAGACGGAGGAAAGUGGUUAUGCCUUCAUGGGAUCUCUGAUCAUUAAGGAGGUGGUGAAGGAGCUGCUGACGAAGGGCCUGGACAAUGCCAAGGUGCUACUUCUGGCUGGGAGCAGUGCCGGAGGGACGGGGGUGCUGCUGAAUGUGGACCGGGUUGCGGAGCAGCUAGAGGAACUGGGCCACACAGGGGUCCAGGUGAGGGGGCUGUCCGAUUCGGGCUGGUUCCUGGACAACAAGCAGUACCGCUGCACCGACUGCGUGGACACCAUCAGCUGCGCCCCCACCGAGGCCAUCAAGAGAGGGAUCAAGUACUGGGGCGGAGUGGUCCCAGAGCGCUGUAAGCAGAUUCAUGAGGGAGAGGAGUGGAACUGCUUCUUUGGAUACAGAGUCUACCCCACGUUAAAGAGCCCCGUGUUUGUGGUGCAGUGGCUGUUUGACGAGGCCCAGCUGACGGUGGACAACAUCCACCUGACAGGGCAGCCGGUGCAGGAGGGCCAGUGGCGCUACAUCCAGAACCUGGGCGAGGAGCUGAGGAACACCCUCAAAGACGUCCCGGCCAUGUUUGCUCCGGCCUGCUUGUCGCACGAGGUGAUCACGAGAGGCUACUGGAUCGACAUCCAGGUGAAAGGAACCUCCCUGCCCAGGGCGCUGCACUGCUGGGACCGCAGUCUCCACGAGAGCAACAAAAACAACAAGACCCCGCCCAGGGGCUGCCCCAUUCACCUGAUUGACAGCUGCCCCUGGCCACACUGCAACCCCACGUGCCCGACCAUCCGGGACCAGUACACCGGCCAGGAGAUGAACGUCAUCCAGUUCCUCAUGCACAUGGGCUUCGACGUGCAGAAGAUGGCACAGCAGCAGGGCAUGGAUCCCAGCCAGCUUCUGGGCAUGCUCAGUAGCGGCAGCUAAAACCCACGCCACCUCCAUCCAUCGUUCGCUUCGUCACCCCGUCCAGUCCCACCGAGCCCCGCCCCCGCCUGUCUCAUUCCCUAACCAUCAUCACACACCAAAAAUCCCUCUCCACCCUGAUCCCUCCAGCCCUUCACCCGACUGCUACAUUCUGCUGACCAUUCGUCUUCAAUUCCUGUUUACAGAGGUCCAGCUCCUCACUCGUUCACUUCCACUGUCACUCUUCUCUGUUCCCAGCCUUACCCCGAAUACCGCCAUAAUCCUGCCCUCCAACUCCCACCUCCAAUUCUGCCCAUUGCCCUCAGAGAGAUGGCAAAGUACCUUACACCAAUCUGUCUUUGAGUUUGCAAGUACGCACAAGGAAAAGAAAAAAUAUAGCUUGGCUUCAUGUUGUGUUGCACCAAGGAAGUUAGGUUGGUCCCGGAUCUUUCUUUUGCUUCCCCAAUACAUUGUGCAUAACUCAUCUGUUUUCUUCUCUUGAGUCAUCAGUUCCAGGAAUGGUGACCUUGUGUGAACCACUGUGGGCUUUCAUUGCUUGUGGUGGUGUGGGCUUUCUAUGUAUUUGAAGUAUUUCUCAGAAUUUAGGAACUACUUCGUGUGGAGAAGCAGAAGAGUAUGUGAUUUUACUUGUGUAUCACCAGCUGAUAGACAGAUGGGUGUAUACAACCAUCAACAUACACCAUCAGAGGGGGGCAAUGAAAUCUACCUUCAUUCUCAUGCUUGCAUCACCUUGAGUCCUACCAUGACCACACCUUCCAUCUUCAGCUCUGCCCUAACUCUCACCAUGACCACACCCUCCAGCUCCAACUCCACCUUCAUUCUCAGUAUGACCACACCUUCCACUUUCAGCUCUACCUUAACUCCAACUAUGACCACACCCUCCAUCCCCAGCUCCGCCUUCAUUCUCAGUAUGACCACACCCUCCAUCUCCAGCUCCACCUUCAUUCUCAGUGUGACCACACCCUCCACCUCGAGCCCCGCCCUUGCUCUUACCCUGUCUGUCCCCUCCCCUUCAGGAAUCUGUUCUGUACUCAGUUCUGAAGAGUGACGGAGGGGAAAGUAUUAAGUCUCGUAACAAAACACAUCCGUCUGCUACUCUUUUUCCUUUAAAAUGAUCUUUUGGUUGUAAAAGAAGAAA